CCGAAUAAUUAUACUUUCAAAUAUUUAAUCCUUCACGUGAACAGUUCAUCGAACAUAGAAUACAUUUCGUUACCACUCGUCGAAUUGUAAUUAAAAGCACAUAAGCCGAUCUGAAUCUUCGCCUAUAAAAACCAUACCACUCUCUUCAUUUUCUCCACACAACAUCACAAGCUUGAUAACGAGAGAAAACUUUCUAAGAGAAAACUCUUAAAACUUCACUCCAUCAAUGGCUUACUCUAAAAUUGCUCUUCUCCUUGUUUUGAAUGUCAUCUUCUUCACUUUGGUCAGCUCUACAUCGGCCCCUUGUACACCACCACCGUCCAAAAGCCACAACAAGAAACCUCCACCGUCGUUUCCCCGCAAACCCACUUGUAAAGAUGCUCUUAAACUCAAGGUAUGUGCCAACGUAUUGAAUUUGGUUAAGGUUUCUCUACCACAAAAGACCGAAUGUUGCGCCCUUAUCAAAGGUCUAGUUAAUAUCGAUGCCGGGGUCUGUCUCUGCACCGCUUUGAAGGCUAAUGUUUUUGGCAUUAAUCUUCGUGUUCCUAUUUCACUGAGUGUUCUCUUUAACCAGUGUGGUACGAAGGUUCCAUCUGGUUUCCAAUGUGCUUAGAGAUAGCACAUUUUAAAAUUUAUGUUCUAAAUUAUCACUAAAGAUAAGAUUGUUGUUUCAAAAUUUCGUGUAAUUUCAAAUUUUCUUGUUUUAUUCUUCUAUUAUCUAUUUUUUUGUAAUUCGUUACAUGUUUAUUAAUGAAAUAAUUAAGGUGUUUUCGUU